CUACUUAGAAAUACGUGAACCGUUGAACCAUCGACCAUUCGAUUGAAUUGAUCCGUUCAUUCAACGCCCAUCGCUAGUGUUUUCCAUUGAAGCCAAACAGUCUAGCAGUAACAUCAUCGCUAUGCCAUUUUUGUAUAGGCGGAUUUUUUGGAAUUGACUUGUUCCGUCUAUAAAAUUCUUGGUCGUUGAUAAGGUACAACAAUCUAGUUGUUCAUUGCACGUAUGUGUUGUACAGUAGCAGUACAGGAUUAUGCCGCAGGACAGGAUGGAUUGCUGUAAAAUUAUUUGUAGUGUUUUUACGGUGAUUUUUAUUAUAUUUUCAGGUUUGACGUUUGGGAAAAGUGAAAACAUGAACAAAUGGCUCAUUUCAACUGUUCGAUAUAUAUUGUACAUGCUGUAUAUAAAAAUGAUCCACGGAAUUUGUGUGUUGGGAUACAGGAUACUGCAUUCAAGUGGUUUUGAUCAUUACAAUUAUAUUUUAAGACGGAAAACGUAUGCAGGUCUAUUUGUCGCGUGUAUCGCCGUUCUCAAAUAUUUCGACGAGAAAUUUAUCGAGGAGGAGGUUGUUUGGUUAUUCAUUGGAUAUUUAGUUACCCUUUAUCUGGAAAUGAAAGAAAACUCAUCUGUAACAUACGGUGUCGGCAUGGCCUGUAGUUUCUUCGAGGGCUACUUGGCCCACAUAAUCCCCAGCGAUGGAGCUAACUUUGUGGGCUUCGAAGAAAACAUCAACAUAUACGAGGCAAGCCAAGGUGUGGUAUUUCCCGUGAAGAAGCUAUUUAUCAUCAUUACCAAGUCUCUGUACUGUCCACCUGACUUAAAGCAUUUCAAUAAGAAGAACCAACGUUUACCGUAUUUGGAAGCAUGUCGGUCACUAUUCGAGGUAGAGAAGGACGUGGCAGGUGUUAAGGGGCGGACAUACCGAAACUCUGCGUACAAAAUACACCGUCAGAACGAGCCGCCAGUGUACCUCGCUGCUGAGUGUGCGACACCCCUGCACACGCUCCACAAAGCGCUUGAGAGACGAACCCUGUCCGAAAUGCUGGGCAACGUAGAUGUGGAGCAAGUCGUGAGUGAGUUCUGCAGCACACUCCAGCAGAUCAUCGCCAGGAGCCCGGACUGCCGCGACAAGUGUCAGCUCGUCUACUUCAACGAUAUAAAUCCAAAUGAAAACCUUGCAGACAUACUUCUCGACGAAAUAAACCGCAUAGAAGCUCUUCAUAAUAAGACUGAUUAAUAGUUUAGAAAAAAAACUAAUUUAUUUAGCUUUAUGAGAAAAUAACAAUAUUUAUUUCUUAAUUGUUUGUUACCUUAUAGAAAUAUUAUUUUAUGCUCUUUAUAAUAUAUAAUCAGAGCUGCAGAAUCAAUUCAUUCAGACGAGAAUGUGAUUAAUGCUGUGGAACAUUUUAACAAAACGAUUCAAGUUUGCGUGUGAGAAAAGUCAAAGCUAGUUCUUUGAUGUAGUUUUACGAUAGUUACUAGUGUAACUAUCCUAAAACUACAUUAAUGCGGAUCAAAAAAACAUGGCACAACACAAAAUUUCGAGAACACAUUAAUAACUUACCUACCACUUUCAACAGUUAAUAAAAAAUUGAUAAAAUUAGUUGUUAAUUAAUUAUAUCAAUUAAAAAGACAUGUCGCAACAAAAAAACACUUAAAAUACCUCCACGGCACAAUAACGAAGCAAAGGUACAAUAAAUUUUAAAAGUUCCCAUAGUGUUCCCCAUUAUCUUCAUUAAGAAAAUGUAUACCUGUUCCCAAGAAUAAUAUCGAUACCCCCGACGCAUAACGUCUUAACUUGUUUUUUGAAUAAAAUUAGAAAACUUUUUAAUUUAUUAAAGACAUAAUAAUAUCAUUUACAAAAUAAGUUCAUUUUUUUCGAUUUUAUAGGAACGCUAAUAGUCUUUUUUUUUUUUUUUGAGAGGAGGAAAUACGGUUACGUAUUUACGCCCCGGAACGGGGCGUAAUAUGUCGGACUCGAGUGUCCGCGUAAGCGGACACCCCAUACCGACUAAAACCUCCUCUGUGCUGUUAGCAGCCCUGGCUUUCACAGCGAAGUAGGACGUGGGCCGUGGAGGCCGCAAAGACUACGCAACAACAGUCGCGGGGCGUCUCCUAAGGAGACUCGAACCUCAGACCGGCUGUGUGCUUGUGGGAAGGAACGCUAAUAGUCGUAACAUGGAAACAGUUCCGCGCAAAGGAAAUUAUCACUAGUUACAAUGUUAUGCGCUGUGUGUUUGGACCGCGUGCCAACAAAUCACAGGUCGUAAACGACAUCAUACGACAAUUUGCUUACGAGAAACACGUGCUAAGUGAGGCUACUUCUUAAUAUUUUUUUGUUUUUUGUUUUGCCUAUAUUUUUGUUUAUAUAAAGAGAUCGAGUAAAAGUAUGUACCUGGCAUUAAAGAGCAAUGUCAAUUUAAGAAUAAAUGAUAAUUUAAUCACCCUGGAGGACUUACAAAUAGGUUAGUUUUCUAAAUUUUAUUUUACGAAGUCCAUGCUAUUGCUAUGUUUGUGUCAAGAGAUCACUUUUGUUAUUAAAUAAACUUCAGAUUUUAACUAUUUUGA